AUGGCCCCCCUGGCGCCUAUCUUCAAGAAAGCAUACCUGACUCUUUUUCUUGGAAUUUCGUUCUAUGCUUUAGCAUUGCUUGCCUUGACAAAUCCAUGGCUGCAAAGACAUGUUAUGUACGUGCACAAGUUACAUCUGCCACAGGCCUGGGCAACAGACAUAGAUAAGCCAGAAAAGUUUGGCUUCGCUAAGAAUCAGGUAUCGCCAUUCAAUUUCAGUACUGUGGAUGGGGAGACUAUCUACGCUUGGCAUAUAAUGCCCCUGGGCCUUUAUGCUAAGCACGAAUCGGAAAUAUUGAAGCAACCUUCGGGGUUCGUGAAUGAUAUAAGUCACAGGAAGGGAUUCGAACUAUUGAGAGAUGACCCAAACGCUCGGCUUAUUAUCAAUUUUCACGGGACGUUUGGAAACGUGGCUCAGGGAGAACGAACAGCUUCAUAUCGGGCGAUGCCUGACGGAAGUACCUCGGAUAUUCACAUUUUAGCCAUUGAUUAUCGUGGAUUUGGCCGCUCAACUGGUUUCCCUACCGAGGAAGGACUCAUCUUAGAUGGUAUCUCGGCAGUAGACUGGGCGAUGAACAUUGCCAAAAUUCCGUCAUCUCGGAUUGUGAUUCUGGGUCAGAGUUUAGGAACAGCAGUUGCUUGUGGCGUCAUAGAGCAUUUUGCCGUGCAAAAAACUGAAUUUGCGGGCGUUGUACUUGUCGCCGGAUUUACAGAUGUUUCAAAUUUACUGACCAGUUACUCCAUCGCCGGCUGGAUACCGGUGCUGUCACCGUUGCGUCCAUACCCUGCACUGCAGAAACUAUUCAUCAGCUAUGUGAACGACAAAUGGCCCUCCACCUCACGCCUUACGAAUUUCGUGAAAAUUAGUAAGCGGGUGCGAUUAUUUAUUGUUCAUGCUUUAGAUGAUUAUGAGAUUCCAUGGUAUCAUUCACAAGGGUUAUUUGCAGCAGCAGCAAAUGGUACUAUGGAAAGUGGGAUAGGCAUGGACUUGUUGGAGAAGAUGAAAGCGCGGAAUACCAUUGAUAUGGGUGAUGGUGCUUUCAUUUCGACUUGGAAGACUGGAAGUGAUAAGAUCAUUCGACAAGAAAUAGUCGCGCAUGGAGCUCAUAGUACGGUCCUCACCUACGCGCCUCUAUCCCUAGCAGUUUUUAAAGCAUUCGGCCUUGACAACGGAGGAGUAAUACCAUGA